AUGUCAACUAGAAAGUCAUCUGAAUUACAAUUAGAAUUUGCUCCAGGAACUCCUAAUUAUUAUAAACAGCUUGCAGAAAGUUGCAUACACAAAGAACCAUCAGAACGGCCAACUGCCGAAGAAGUUUGUAAGAAGCUUCAGGAAUGGAAAGGAAUUCUUAAGAAAGAAGAAAAUGAGUUAGAUUAUAAACAACGUAAAGUAAAGUUAGAGUUUGUAAAUGCUGUCGAAAUUGAUUCAAUAUCCUCAAUAACUUUGCAACAAC